CGUGAGAAAUCGAAACUGAAACCUUACGCGGGAGUAAAGGAGUUUCUGGAUAUAUAUGUGUUUCCCCUAUUUAGUUGUGGAGAGGUUAUGAAUGGCAAUAAAAAUUACUCUCGGAGAAGGGAAAAUGGAAACCAGAGUUCUGCAGAUCAUUAUGAACCACCCCGUGCAGUUGAUGUAUAUUCUCCAUCGAGCAGUAGAUUAAAUUGCCAAAGAAUGGCUGAUCCAUUUGAAAGAGAAAAGCAGGAUUAUCAAUAUGAAAGAGAAGAAAACAUUCGCAUAAGAUCCUUCUGCGAAGGCCGGGAAUCAAAAACUGAAAGGGAACCAUUUCAGACGAUUCAUGAUCAAAGAGCUUAUGCAAAUCGUCAGAAUCAGCAAAGAGGCCGUGUGAAUCAAAGACGCAAUAACAGAGGUAAUUUCGGAGGGAGAAGAAAUAGUUUUAAUAGACCAAGAUCUGAUACUGAAAGUGUUUCAUCAUGCGAUUCACGUUCCCAGAUUCCCCAAGGCCCUAUGAAUCAAAGGCGUAAUGACAGAGGUAAUUCUGGUGGAAGAAGAAACAAUUUUAAUAGAACUCAAUCAAGAUCUUCUGAUUCCGAAAGUGUUUCAUCAUGUGAUUCACAUUCACGAUUUCCGAAGUCAAAUGUCGGUUUCAGUAUCUCAAACAAGAAUCCAUCACAUUGUCACUCUGCUUCCGAUACAUCUGAACUGUUUUCCCAUUACUCCAACACUCAAAAAGACAAGAAUGCCGAUGCAGAUCCUGUUAAGGUGAAUGAUUUUUCUUCUGAGAAUUUUAAUUCAAUGCUCACUUCUCGAGGUACCGAACAUACUAAUUUCGAUCAUUUACCAAGGAACAACAGUCAGUUUGAUAUGAAUUAUGAUGCAGCAAAUCUAAAUGCAAAAAGUUCCAGAAAUAUGCUAAACGAAUAUAAAAAUUAUUUAAAGCAAUUAGAUCCGGCACAAGUAAUUAUGGAGUGCAGGCAGCAAGUUGAGGAUGAUGCUAAAGAAUCUAUUGCUAAAUGUCUAACAAAAAUUAGGGAGAUAUCUUCACAAAAUCAUGGUUCUAUGUUAAAAUUGCACUUAGAGAAUUUACUCCAACAACAAAAUCAGUUUGAGGAUUACAUAGCUAAAGUUAAGGGACAGCUACCCUUAUUAUUUUCUUCCACUAAGCAAGACCUUCUAGAGAACUGUGAAAAAAUUGUGAAAGAUGUUAAAAAAGAAUGUAACAUGUUUAAUAGAUCUCUACCUGCAUAUGCCUACAAAGGAUCUAUAUUAAAAAAAAUACUUGAUAAUCAAGUUACCAUUAUUAGUUCUGAUUCUGCAUACUUUCUUAACAUUCUCCUGCCAAUUUUUAUUAAAAGUGAAUUUCCUGAUCAUCAUUUAUUUUGUUCUGAACCUUGUCAGGUAUUAACUGAAAAUUUAAGAAAGAAUGUCUUUCAACUUCUGUAUGACAAGACUCAAACGGAUGAAAUCGAUGAAAUAAAAUUUAAAAAUGAAAUGAAUUUUGUGACUGUUGAUGAGAUGCUAAAUUUGUUUAUUGAUGAUUAUACUUUUAAAGAGAAGAAAAAUUUUGCCAUUUUGAAUUUGUCAUUGAAAAGAUCAUUGAAUCAAGAUAUUGUCUUGUCUUAUCUAAAAGAUAUUUUACUAGAAAAUGAGCAUUUAAGAUUAGUUUUAACAACAACAGUUUAUGACAAUAUUUAUAAAUAUGAAAAGUAUUUUUUAAAUAAAAUUAAUGUUGCAACAUUCAAAAUGCCUUCGUUGACUCUCCCUGUUAAAAUAUUUUGGAAAAAUUCUGCUCUUCAACCAACUGAUGAUUAUAUUAAUGAAGUUGCUAAAACAGUGCUUUCCAUUCAUAUCUUGAAUGAUUUUGGAGAUGUGAUGGCAUUUCUCCCUACUAGUGCUGAUACAAAAUCUGCAUCAACUGAAAUUAAUAAAAAAUUAUGCGAUUUGCAAUUUAAUGAUUUGAAAUGCGAAAUAUUAAAUGAAAAUAGCCCUCAAAAACCUUGUUUAGAAUUAUUUAAUAAAAGACCUUCUGGCAAGAGAACAGUAUUUUUAGUCACUGACUGUAGCGAAAUGCUUGUUUUUCCUUCUGUUCGUUAUAUUGUGGAUUGUGGCUUACGAAAAGAAUACAUAUUUGAUAGUGAUAAAAAGAUGGAUGUGUUAUCUACAACAUUCAUUUCUCGCAGUAAAUCGAAACUUCGUAAAAGCUUGGCUGGAUCUUUUGGUACUGGUUUUUGUUAUCGUUUGUAUAGCAAAGAAGAUUAUCUAGAAAUGCCUCAUAAUGAAUAUCCAGAAAUUUUAACUAUCAAUCCAUUUAAUAGUAUGAUAAAAAUCUUUCAGUAUAGACCAGAUACUGCAACCACUGUAGAAUUUGUAGAGUCCUUGCCUGAGAGUACUAAAGAAAGUGCUUUAGAAUUAUUAAAAAAAUAUAAUGCUAUUAAAGAUAAUACUCUGACAGAUUUGGGGAAAGAUAUUGUAAAAUUGCCUUUUCCUGCAAAGUACUCAAAACUUGUCUUAUUGGGUAUCCAUUGGGGUUUAGCUUAUGAAGCUGUUAUUCUUGUUGCAUUUUUUUCUGUAAAAGGUAGAGUCUUUCAGUUUUCUACUGAUAUCGAUCGACAAAGAGAGAUAGACGCUGUGAAACUGAGCCUUGUCCAACAUGAUAGUGAUACUCUCUCUUAUCUCUACAUUUAUAAAAUGUGGUUGGAUAGCAAAUGUAGUGAAGUUUGGUGUGAAAAGCACUAUAUUAAUUACAAUACGCUAAAUAACGUGCAUGCGAAAGUAAAUGAAAUAUGUCAGAUUGUUGGAGAAUCUUUAAAGGAAAAUAUAAAUCAAGAAUUUGUAAACACCGGAAAGAGUUCUGCAAUAUCUUUGUUAGAAAUGCUUUUUGAUUGCUUUUUAGAGAAUCUUUGUGUUUUCACUGGUCAUUACAGAAGCGGAUAUCGAGUGUUAUCUUCACAUUGUAUUGCUUUUCUUCACCCUUCUUCCAUUAUCUGCCAGAUGGAAAAUUUGCCACAAUUUAUAAUUUUUGAUCACAUGCUUUCCACGAAUAGAGAGUUCCUAAUGUCUAUAACUUCAAUACCUCCUGAUUUCAUCACGAAAGCUAUGGCUGAGCAUCAAAUUGAUUUUGAUUACUCGGAUAUGUUUGAAAAAUCUUUAGUUCCAAGGAUUAUUGAACCUGUUGGGGAACGAAUGAUAAAACAAGUUCUGUUGGGCAAGAAAGGAAAAAAGUUAAAAGCAAUCGAAGCUCACAUUAAGUCAUUGUUGUCGACUGAAUCGCUAGUUAUUGAACCAGUUGCUGAAAAAGGACAGGUUUUAAUAUAUGCUUUAAAGGAUCAGAUUGAUGAAGCAUUUACGUUGCUGGAUAAUAUAUUAAAACAGCAAUUUCAAGAUCUUGUUAACUUAGAGCAGAUUCAUAUUCUGGAAAUGAAGAGAGGACAAAUUGUAAUACCUAUUGAAAUGAAAUGGCUUAGAGGGGGACAAGUUGCCUCUCUAAAAAUUGGAAAUAAUUCCCAGGGCAUAGUUAAUAAUGCAAGUGACACUGAGACUGAAGAAAAUCCACCUGAUCAGCAGCCCUGCGUUAUUCAACAAUCCAUUAAUGUAACUUGGAUUAGACGUCCUUGCAACGGUAAAGGUUUUGUGACCUUCCGUAAUGAAGACUUUAUGAGAGCUCGUAAAUUGUCAAUGAGAAGCUUUCGUAUAUUUGAUUCUAAUAUGUUUGUACAAGUUAGUAGGAAUGAAAAGAAUCAAUUAUAUAUUACUGGAAUACCUGAAGAAGCUGAACCUUUUGACUUACAAACAUUUUUUUCUGAUUUAUUACCUGAUGUAAAGCCUAUUGAAAUUGAACUGAAGUAUUCAGCUCCAUUUGAAACCUCUAAAGAAGAUUUACAAGAAAUCGAGAAUAGGCUCAAAGAAAUUUGCUAUAAGUUUUCAAAUCUUUCCAAUUUUGAAGUAGUUAUACCUCCUCCUACACCAACGGCUACUAUUAUGGAAGCCUUCAUAAACGUUAAAGAUAAAGAAGAUAUUGAAUUAGCUAUUGAAAAUCUAUCAAAUUGCAAGAUUGGCAAUGCGAAAUUGGUAUGUAAACCUGUAUACCACUCAAUAAUUAAAUGUAGUUUAAAAAUAUCCGAGGCCUUAAAACCCCGGUUUAAGCAAACUUUGAUUGAAUUUCAGAACAAAUUAAAAGAAAAGUUUGUAUGUAAGGAACUUUUUGAAUUUACUAUAAGUCAAACAUCAGAUGAUUUAGUUGUUAUCAAAAUGUUAUCAAAUAAGCAAGAAAUUUUGUUAAUGCUACAACGAGUCAUUAAUCAAUUAUUAGAAGGAGAAAUACUGAAUAAGAGUUUCAGUUCCAAGCUGAACAAGAUAUUCUGCCAUGGUGGUCACUUGUGGCUAAGAAGCUUUGAGAAAACAUCUAACAUUCUUAUUAUUGAAGAUUAUAAUAAUAAAACUCUUAGACUGUAUGGAUCCAAAGAAAAUUGUCACAACUGUAAGCAGAGAAUCCUACAAUUCUUAGAGGAUCGAGAAAAUGAAGCAAUGGUAGUAAUUCCACUAUCUGGCCAGAGGAAGCUUUUGAAAGAAAUAAUAAAGAAAUAUGGAGCUAAUCUUGAGAAGUUUAUUGAAUCUUGCGAGUUACAAACUGCUGUGUUGGACAUCAAGUCAUGCUCUAUUUCUUUACAUGGAAGUCAAGAUAGCAUUGAAAAGGCUGCAGGCUGUUUAAAAGAAUUAGCUACUGGAUUGCAUUCAAGUGAUUCAUCUGAGGUUAUGUCCAGUGCAGAAAAAUGUCCCUUGUGUCUUUGCCCGGCUUUCAAUUUGACAUUUCGAUUGGAAUCAUGUGGGCAUUUGUAUUGCAGUGAAUGUAUUGAAGGACUAAUGGAACAAGCAGAAUUUCCUCUUCGUUGCUGUGCCGAGGAAUGCGACCAAUAUAUUUUACUUGAUGAUAUUUGUAAAGCACUUGGAGACGAUCCAGCUAGAAUCAAAGUAAUGUUGGAAAAAUCUAUGAAAUAUUAUCUUGAAAGACAUGCUGAUGAUAUAAUUCACUGUCCAGCUCCAGAUUGUCCCAUGUUUUUCUUCAAAGAUGAAGUAGUUGGUGAUAAACAUAACUGCCGUUUGUGUCAGAAUGACAUAUGUAUUAAUUGCAAUGCUGUGUAUCACCAAGGAGUGACUUGCGACAUGUACCAAGGUUCUAAGGAAGAUCCUGAUUAUUCUUUUAAGGUGUGGCAAAAAUCUACUGUGCAAUGUAAACAAUGUCCAAAAUGCAAAACUGCUAUUGAGAAAAUUGAAGGAUGUAAUCGCAUGAAAUGCGAGUCUUGCAAUGGAAUAUUCUGUUGGAUAUGUUUGAAAGCAUUUGACGGUUUUAUUGAAGCUUAUAAUCACAUAGAUGCGGCUCACCCAGGAUUGUUAUUUGCCUAAAGUAACAUUCAGGAGUCAUUAAUAGAAGAUUGUUAAAGGAAUGAAAAAUAUAUGGUUGAAUUUAAAAAAAUUCAAAUGUAAUAAUUCAGUGUGAAUUAAUCAUAUGUAAGGUGAUCUGUGAUAAUUUGUUUGAAUGUUCCUAAGAAUUUAUGCUCCUGUAAUAGCUCACUGUUGGUCUAGAGCUUAAAGUAAUUCAGUAUUCUUUUUGUUUUCAAUAAUGUUUUUUUUUAUUUGUUGUUCAGUUUAAUUACACAAACAAAAACAAAAUAUUACAGUUUUUUUUUUAUUUACUUUUUAAGCAUGGCAGAAAAUCAUUUUUUAAUGCAAAUUCAAAAUAAUGCAUAAAUGCAAAACAGCAAUUGAAAAAAUUCCUAGAUGCAACAGCUUCACUUUUUAAUCUUGAAAGAGAUCUAUCAUUUAAAUAUGUGAAGGAAUUGUACCUUCAUGUUGAGCUUUAUUUUUGUGAGCAUUCUCAUCACUGAAUUUUACAUGGUUAAAAUAGCAUUGAGUAGUGCAAGAAAUAAUUCAAAAUCCUAGUCAAUUAAUAUGGAAUUAUUUAUUUUUAUGUAUGAGUAUAUCCAUUGUCUUGCUCAUUUUAGAUAUUGAUCAUUAUUUUACAAGGAAUUUAUUAAACGAGUUAUAAUCAAAUUAAUGUUUACUUCACAUUAUUUAAAAGUAGAAUUUGAAAUAAAGAAUAUUAUGAUUAAAUUGUAAAACUCAUUUAAAUUAAUCGAUUUUUUAAUAGUAUCACAAAAUAAGAAUUAUUUACCUGUACCAAUUUUAUCUGAAACUGUAUUUUUUUUUCUUAUUUAAUUUUUAUAUUAAAAAUGUUUAUUUGUACUAUUUCUUGUUAAUUAAGAAGUGUAUUUCUUAGUAUAUCAUUAUUGUUGAAAAUUUUUUGUAAUUGUUACUUUUAA